AUUAAAAUUUGACCCGUAUGCUCACAUGUAGAUGACACUCUGGGGAAAUCCACACAUACUACUGAUGUUUUUUGUUUUUUGUUUUUAAAACAGUUAUAUGGAAACAAUGGGCACUAAGAGGGAUCAAUUAACUAUCACAGAUCUUAACAGAGGACAAUAUUUAUAAGUCUUUUUUGGUUAUACACAAUGAGGUCAUUCACACAACUGAAAACUGUGUCCUACCCAGGUUUGGGUACAGUCUAACGCACAAUGAAAAACCUGAAUUGUGGGUGAAGUGCUCCCCCAUAGCUCACAGGGACUUUGGGGUAAAUUUGGCCAAUAUGUGAAUGUACCCCACUCCAUUCCAGAGGAGAUGUGAACUAAAAGCCGGGUGUGAAAAACUUACAGGCAGGCAACCUAUGGCAGUAUGGAAGGAGGUGGCUUGUUUGACUAUACUUUGAUCCCGUUGGUGACACCUUUGUCCAUCGAAAGGGGUAUGGCUCCCAAGUCUUUUUGUAGGUUCGAGCCCAGUGCUCAUUUUAAUAAUUGUUAAGUGUGUCCCCUUCUCAGUCCCACCACCAAGAUAGCUGCAUAGUUGUCCAUUUAUGUUUCAUCUGUAAAGUUUCUUAGAAGAAAAAAUGCUGGUGUACAGUGUUGAUAGUUGUUGAUUGCACUUAUAUCCUUUGGAUCUACUUGUCCUGUUUUUCAUUUCCUAGUCAGGGCUCCCUAUGAGUGCUCUCAUUCAGUGCCUGCCCACUCCUCCUUGCCUCUGCAUCCAGCUGUGUUUAGCUCCAAGUUCUCCCAGACUCUGUCUCCCACUUAAUUUCUUAAGAAGGAUGGGAAAACAUCCAACAGCUAAAUAGAAUGGACAGAGAAUGGGAAGGGCGGACCACAUGAAGAAGGGCACUGAUUUGUUCACCGUGGAGUCACCAGGAGGGCUUAUGGUCAAUGUUCCUUCUAAGUGCUCAUGUAGUUAACUUUUUUGGCUAGAUUGAUUGCAGUCUGUGGGUGACUGGGGGGCAGGCUGCCUUUUGAAAGAUCUGGAAUAUUCACCAGCUGUGGGCUCUGGCCAGAUGCUUGCUCACAGUGGAUAUUAAGCUGCCUAACACCUGCAUCUUUCCAGGUAAGCUCAAUGCUUCCUUUCAACUUAAAGAAGCCACUGGGAAAACAAGGUGGGGUGGGGGUGAGGGAAAUCAGCAGACUCCUGGAUUAACGGAUUGAACCACAUGGCUGGAACCUCUGUUGGCUUGAAAUAGACAGUCAUUUUUCAGAGAGCUGGAAGUGUCUUGAGAGCGGCAUCACUUUCCAUGCUGCGGAUGCAUAUUUCUUUUAUCCGUCUGCUACUUCUGGUCAAUCAGGGUUCAAGUUUUUUGGGGUGUUUUUUUUUUUUUUUAACACUAGAAAAUCCUGCCAGGGCUAUUUGCUAAAGGCAAAAAUGGGAUGAGAAUACAUAUCCUGAGCAGCAUUCCCUCUUAAUGGUUAUCAGCUCUCUCAGACGAUUGUCUGUCUCCAGCCAUAAAUUUUAUGUAUAAACUGGAAUAAGAGAACAAAGUAGUUUAAUAUCAUGCAUCCAGCAAGAGGGAAAAUGAAUUGUUUUCUAUAUCUCAUCAGUUUGUGAAAUUCUGUAAAUAUUCAUGGGGAAAGUGGAGUUUUUCCUGUCUAUUCUUUGCAGGUAAUUUUAACCUUUAAGAGUGUUUGUGGGGUUUUUUGUCUAUUAUUGUGGUGGAUAGUGGUGAUGUUAGGCUUUUAUUUGGUGGAUGUUUUCUUAUUACUAUUAUUGCACCACCCAUGUAUGUGGUGCUUUAUAGAAGGCAAGUAAACAGGUCCCUGAUUUGAGGACCUUGCAGAUUUGACACAGGGGAGACAAUAGAGAAGCGGUUCUUAACCUGGAGUCCGUGGACCCCCUGGGAAUCCAUGGACAAGUCCACAUGUCCGUGGAAAAUCCUUGCUGCACUGAAUUUAAUUUGUUUCCAGGAAUUCAGAAUGGAUAAGGACUUUACGCCUUCCCCUCACAGGAUCCAAAGGUGUAUUCCAACCUUAGGAACCUCAUCCAAUCCCAGCCGUAUCCCAGGACUCUCAAGUCGCUCCCUUGGAGCUGGGGGACUGGCAGCUUUCAGCCCCAUCUUGAAAAAAGACACUUGCCUCAAUUCUUUCAUGCAGGACUCCACCAGGCAAAUCCCCUUGGCAAAGGGCAGAGGGCUUUCCAGACUGAAUUCCAGGCUUGGGCCUCCAAAACCACCACGUAGCCACGAGCUUUCCACAUCAUAUCCACUUCCCACGACAUCCCAGUUUCCUCAGUGGACAGCAACUAACGGUGUGACACCACGGAAAUUAAGUUCUCUCUCAUUUACUUUUCGCCAGGGCAGCAGUGCCUCUCCACCUGGACAACAACUCCUCUUACACUCUAUGGCAAAGAGAGAAUUCCAGAAGGUUCAUUUGAGAAAGGAAGCAUUGGGGAGGGGAGGAGCAUUGCCUGUACCAGGUCCGCAGCCAUUAUCUGGAUUACAAACCUCUCACAUAGUUCAGAGCUGUACACAUGCCCAAACCACCACUCUCAACCAUGAAAGUGAAGACCAUAUCUCAGAAACAGAAAUGCCAGAUUCCCAGAGAAGUUUGACCCCUGCUGACCCGCCACCAUCAUUUCCUCAGCCACAUCCACAAACCAUAGGAAAAGAUCCCACAAAUUCAUCUCUGAAGGCAGCUGUUAAAGAGGAUAUUUCUUCCAAUGACAGAUCUGGCAUUCCAAAAGACAUAUACACACUCCAAGAUUUAGAUGGAUCUGGAAAGAUUUUACUUCCCCUUCCACAGGAGUAUCUUGAGAGACAAGAUGCAAUGGGCAGCCUUUUUAUGGCAGAUUCCAUGAUGUCUCCUGUGACAAAUGCAACUGGGUUUGAAUGUAAGUCCAGACGUGAUCACCUGCCGGUGUGUGUGUGUGUGUGUGCGUGUGUGUGUGUGGGGGGGUUUCUUUUCUAAAUAAAGUAGACCAGUGGG